AUGAAUGAAGUUCCCGCUUACGUCCUCGCCACGCUGCUGUUGGUCGGAUCGAGUGCGGCACAAUCAGUUUGCCCUGGUACAGAGAACAAGCUGAGCACUCUGUCCGACUUGGACCAGCAGUACCGCACCCUGAAGAAGCUCUACGAGAACUGCGAAGUCGUCAUGGGCAACCUGGAGAUCACCAACAUCGACCGCAACCGCAACCUCUCCUUCCUCAAGUCAAUCAGAGAGGUGACCGGCUACGUGCUGGUGGCUCUGAACCAGUUCGACUACCUGCCGCUGGAAAACCUCCGGAUCGUCCGCGGCAACAAACUUUACGAGGGCCGCUACUCCCUCGCCAUCUUCCUCAACUACAGGCGGGACGGGUACUACGGUCUGAGGCAGCUGGGCCUUCAUAACCUCACAGAGAUACUGAAUGGGGGUGUUUAUGUUGACCAGAAUAAAUUCCUUUGCCACGCGGACACCAUCCACUGGCGAGACAUCAUCAGGAACCCCCAGGCUGAGCUGCUGGUGGUGCCGUCCAACAACAGCAACUUGGGAUGCAGACGAUGUCAUCGCACGUGUAACGGACGCUGCUGGGGCCAUCAGGAGGACCAGUGUCAAACCUUGACGAAGACGGUGUGUGCAGAGCAGUGUGACGGUCGAUGCUUUGGGCCCUACGUCAGCGACUGCUGCCACCGCGAGUGUGCCGGCGGAUGCUCGGGCCCCAAGGACACGGAUUGCUUCGCCUGCACCAACUUCAACGACAGCGGCGCGUGCGUGACCCAGUGCCCUCAGCCGUUUGUGUACAACCCCAUGUCUUUUCAGUUGGAGCACAACCCAAGAGCCAAGUACACCUACGGAGCCUUUUGUGUCAAGAAGUGUCCGCAUAACUUUGUGGUGGACCACAGCUCCUGUGUCCGAGCUUGCCCCAGCAACAAGAUGGAAGUGGAGGAGAACCGCAUCAAGAUGUGCAUCCCCUGCACGGACAUCUGCCCCAAAGUGUGCGACGGCAUAGGGACGGGCAGCCUGCAGACGGCUCAAACCGUGGACGCCAGCAACAUCGACAAGUUUGUCAACUGCACCAAAAUCAACGGCAACUUAAUCUUCCUCAUCACCGGCAUCAAAGGUGACAUGUAUCACGGCAUUGGACCUUUGGACCCUGAACGCCUCAAUGUGUUCCGCACCGUGAAAGAGAUCACAGGUUUCCUCAACAUCCAGGCCUGGCCUGAGAACAUGACAGAUCUGAGUGUUUUCUCCAGCCUGUCCACCAUCGGAGGCAGAUCGCUCUACAGUGGAAAUGUUAUUUCUCUGCUGAUCCUGAAGCAGCGUUGGAUCUCCUCCCUCCAGUUUCAGUCCCUUGAUGAGAUCAGCGCCGGCAAUGUCUACAUCUUAAACAACAGCCGCCUGUGUUUCUACAACACGGUCAACUGGACGUCGCUCUUCAGGACGUCAAGCCAGAAAGUCCUCAUCCGCAACAACAGGGAUCCAAAGGAAUGCUCUCUGCAGCAGAUGGUGUGUGACCGGAUGUGCUCGGACGAAGGUUGCUGGGGCCUGGGGCCCGACCAGUGUCUCUCCUGUCGAUACUUCAGCCGUGGCCGCACCUGCGUGGAGUCCUGCAACCUCUUUGAUGGGGAUGUGCGCGAGUUUGCCAAUGGCUCCUUGUGCCUGGAGUGUGAUAGCCAAUGUGAGAAGAUGGAUGGAAACACCAUGACGUGCUUUGGACAGGGCCCGGACCAGUGUGUAAAAUGUCUGCACUUCAAAGACGGACCGAACUGCGUGGAGAAGUGCCCCGACGGGUUGCAGGGAGCCAACAGUUUCAUCUUCAAAUACGCCAAGGCCAACAAUGAGUGUCAUCCCUGCCAUGCCAACUGCACCCAGGGGUGCGUCGGACCAAGGCUUCAAGAUUGCGUCGGGAUGAUGGACAGGACACCUCUAAUAGCAGCUGGCAUCAUCGGGGGUCUAUUCAUCAUCGUCAUUCUGGCGCUCAGCGUCGCCGUGUACGUCCGCCGCAAAAGCAUCAAGAAGAAGAGGGCCUUGAGGCGCUUCCUGGAGACAGAGCUGGUGGAGCCUCUGACCCCCAGUGGAACUGCACCCAAUCAGGCUCAGCUGCGGAUCCUGAAAGAGACUGAGCUGAAGAGGGUCAAGAUUCUGGGUUCGGGAGCUUUUGGAACCGUCUACAAGGGCAUCUGGGUCCCAGAAGGUGAGACGGUGAAGAUCCCUGUGGCCAUCAAAAUCCUCAAUGAGGCCACCGGUCCCAAAGCCAACGUUGAGUUCAUGGAUGAGGCCCUGAUCAUGGCCAGCGUGGAACACCCCCACCUGGUGCGUCUGCUGGGCGUCUGCCUGAGCCCCACCAUCCAGCUGGUGACGCAGCUCAUGCCGCACGGCUGCCUCCUCGACUACGUGCACGAGCACAAGGACAACAUUGGCUCGCAGCUGCUGCUCAACUGGUGUGUCCAGAUCGCCAAGGGUAUGAUGUACCUGGAGGAGAGGAGGCUCGUCCACAGGGACCUGGCCGCCCGGAAUGUGCUGGUGAAGUCGCCCAACCACAUCAAGAUUACCGACUUUGGCCUGGCGCGGCUGCUGGACGCUGACGAGAAGGAGUACAAUGCGGACGGGGGCAAGAUGCCCAUUAAAUGGAUGGCUCUGGAAUGCAUUCACUACAGGAAGUUCACCCAUCAGAGUGACGUGUGGAGUUAUGGCGUGACCAUCUGGGAGCUGAUGACAUUCGGAGGCAAACCGUACGACGGCAUCCCCACGAGAGAAAUCCCGGACAUCCUGGAGAAAGGAGAGCGACUGCCGCAGCCGCCCAUUUGCACCAUCGACGUCUACAUGGUCAUGGUGAAAUGCUGGAUGAUUGACGCAGACAGCAGACCUAAGUUCAAGGAGCUUGCUGCAGAGUUCUGCAGAAUGGCCCGCGACCCUCAGCGAUACCUGGUCAUCCAGGGAGACGACCGCAUGAAGCUCCCCAGCCCCAACGACAGCAAGUUCUUUCAGAGCCUCUUGGACGAGGAGGACCUGGAUGACCUGAUGGACGCCGACGAGUAUCUGGUGCCUCGGGGUUACAACAUGGCUCCUCAGUCACAUACCGCCAGACCUCGAGUUGACUCCAACAGAAACCAAUUUGGUUAUCGAGACGGUGGUCCAAACCCUGCAGAGGGCUCUUUGGUCGGCGCUCAGGCCAGUGUGGGCCAGGAAGCAGCGACGGGGUCCGGUCCGGCCCUGGAGGACCAGCGGUGUAACGGCAGCCUGCAUAAAAAGAGCCUAAGCAUGACCGGAGGAGAGGACAGUGGGGGCCAGAGGUACAGCGCUGACCCCACAAUCUUCCUCGGGGAGAGGGCGUCCAGAGGCGACACUGACGAGGACGGAUACAUGACUCCCAUGAAGGACAAGAACUCCUCAGAAUACCUGAAUCCAAUUGAGGAGAAUCCGUUUGUCACGCGACGUAAAAAUGGUGAGAUCCACGCCUUGGAUAACCCCGGCUACCACAGCACACCGAACAGUCAGCCCAAAGGAGAGGAUGAGUACAUCAAUGAGCCUCUUUACCUCAACACCUUCCAUACCCCUGCUGAGCUCGGCCUGGAAGCUCUGAGAAGAAAUGGGCUGCCCCUUCCCGCCCCAUCUUCUAUCUCAGCCACGACCUCAGGCUCCCACCUUCCGCUCACCAUCCAGACAAGUCUGCCACACUACCCUCUCCCCACGGCCCAGCCCUCUCCAUCUGCUCUACCCUGCCACCACGGCCCACCGACCCACAUCCUUCAUCCUCACCACACCAUCAAACCAACCGGACAACCUGGCAAUCCAGGUGGUGGCUCCGCCGCUCAGAGCCAAACGGGAGCAAAUGCCCAAACCCAGGUGUGCCAGUCCGGCACCCUGUCUACUCCGGCCACCAUAGGACACAGCAGCCUGCCAGCCUAUCAGAGCCUUGGAGCAAUGCACCCUGGCAGCAUGCUGAAGCAUGGAGGACAGCUGUCAAGUAAAACCAGUGGGAAGAAGCUCAAGGUGACCUUCGACAAUCCAGAAUACUGGCAGCACAGCUUGCCUCCCAAAUCAUCGAACCAGGCGGCGCCCGAUGGAGCCCAGGGUGGUUCCACGAAUGCCAAACUGUUCUACAAACAGAACGGACACAUACGGCCGGUGGUAGCUGAGAACCCUGAAUACAUGUCAGAGUUCUCCCUAAAACCUGGCACCGUCUUGCCGCCUCCGCCUUACCGACAGCGGAACACUGUGGUCUAGAUCUUACCACUUGACGAACUUUCCUCAAUAUGUCUAGCCUCCGACAACCCUAACGUCCUCUUUGGGUCCUACGCAGAAGAGAUGACACGCCACCAGACUCUUGAAAUCGUGCACCAUGUGCUGUAGACUGUAGCAACAUCAGAACAAGGGUGGACCGAACUGUCCAACCAACGAGACCCAACUUAGACUCAUGCGCCUCCACACUAUAUCCACUCCACUCCGGUCCAUUUCUGUUCUUUACAUAGAGACGGCGCUCACAGAGAUCACAGAGAAUGUGAAGGUUAUGUUAGUUUCCAGCAAAUAAAGGACACUUGACCGUCAACGAGCAGCAGAUAUAUUGUGUUGUUUUGUUCCAUCCAUCGGCGUCAAAUGAAAUGAAUUCAAACACAGACCAGAACUCACUGCCAGCCACUGUGGUGUCACAUUCUUUUGGAGGAACAAAAGGUUUUAUUUUAACAAUGUUUUUGUUAAUGGUGGUCUCAGACGGCCUGAACAGCAAAUAUGAGCCGCGGAUGUGGAAGCAAGGAGAAACCGAACUUCGACGGAGGAACUAAGGCUGCAAAAGGAAUUCCACAAACUUGAAAAACGGAGCAGUGAAAGCUGAUCAGUCUUUUUAUUUGUUGCCAGUAGGAUUAUACUCUACGUUCCUGCAUUUUUAUUUUUUUUUUUAAAUAUCAAAUUCACUAAACUCAUCUCGUCUUUAUACUGUAACUGUGAAACUGUGAUGGCCAAAACUACAGUGAUUUCUCCUUUUCUGUUUGGACUUUUCGACACAUCCACAAAAAUACUGCGUUCUAUUUGGAAAAACUGCUUGAAAAACAGCGUUUUUUUCCAAACUAAAUACACUGUAAACAUAUUUCUAUACACUGGUUGCAGAGGCGAAAAUAUGGAUUUUUAUACACUGGUUUUCCCAUUCAGAUCAUCAUCAAGCAAGUUGUUAAUUAGGUUUAACGAGUGAAGAGUGGUUCACCCUUUGAUUGGAAGGGUAGUCGGGGGAAUUGCGUAAUAGUGUCAUAAGACAAGCAGCUGAGUGAAUGGAAUAAAAUGGCGACCAUAGAUUGAGAGCGAAGACCUUAAGGAAUGAU